AUGUGUGUCUGCUGCCUCUGCCAUCUGGACUGGUCAGUGUGGGCCUCUGGAGUUCACCUGCUCUGCUGCUCUGUGCCAAGCUCCACACCUGCUCUGGACAUGGGCAGGCUGGACUGUAGGCGCAGGCAGGACAAUAGUGGGCUUCUGCGGCCCACAUCUCUGACAGAUGUUUGUCCAGCCGAGCCUGCAGUGCCACAGGCUCUGUGUGCUCUAGAAACAGCAGAGCAGCUGCUGCCCGCUGCGCCCCGUCCUGCAGGCUUCACGUCCAUGAUGUGA